UGCUUUUGUUUAGAAGUAAAUUCAAACUUAAACUGCAUAUUUAUUUUUCGAAAAUUCAAAAUUGGUCAAAUCUAUCAUCAUGCUGAAGAUUAUUAACUUUUUAUGCAUUCUGACCUUUACAGUCACCACAACUGCUUUGGAAUCUUCAGAUUAUCUUCAACCUUUGAACGUGUUUUAUGUUGAACCACAUAGUUCAUCUGAAGUUUACUAUAAACAGCAAGGGGAACUCAACAUGACUUGUGGCAAAUUGGACGUUGACGAAUCCUGCCUUAUUAUAAAAUCAGAAAUAAACAAAGAUAUAAAUUUUUGGUAUCAGAGCUUGGAAUGCGAAAAGUGCCCGCUACAACUAAAGGAAUCAGUAAGUCCAUAUAAAUGGAAAAAAUUUGUAGUGAAAUUUGCUGCUCUCGGCUCCACUUGGGAAGUUCUGGACAGUCACAACUCAUCAAUUUGCAAGGACUCAAUGUAUGUAGGGGAAAAUGCUAUAAAUUAUCUUAAAGUGAAUGAGAGUGGCUGUUUUGUAGAGAAUGUCCAAAAGGCUGAAGAAGCCUAUGUCCCCAUUCUUGUUGCUGUUGCAAUUUACAUCUUGCUUGCUGCAUUCUGGAUAGCUGGAAAAUACUUGAAAAGAAAAGGAAUUUUAAACAGUCUUUUUCACCGAAAUUCUCUUGAUGACUUAACUGCAGCUUAUUCAUCCAGUUCUGUUGCUGAAGAAAAAAAAGCUUCCCCAAAGCGACUUCGCUCUUUAGACACUGUUAGAGGAAUAUCUAUAGUAGUAAUGAUAUUUGUGAACUAUGGCGGUGGGGGAUAUGAAUUUUUCGAUCAUUCAAUUUGGAAUGGCUUAUCUGUUGCUGAUUUAGUGUUUCCAUGGUUUAUUUGGAUGAUGGGAAUGUCCAUGGCUUUCUCUCUAAGGUCACAAUUGAGACAAAAAAUAUCAAAGAAGAAAAUAUUUUGGAAAAUUUUGAAACGAUCUGUCAUUUUAUUUGCAUUGGGCAUCAUGCUGAACACAUACUGCUCAGGUUCUAAAGGCAUUGAUUUGAGUAAACUACGAAUUCCUGGAGUGCUUCAAAGAUUUGGCAUUUGUUAUUUAAUUGUUGCAACUGUGCAUUUGUUCUAUGCUUCAGCAGAUGGAAUAGAGACUGCUUCUCAUUUCCAAGACCUUUCUCCUUAUGGUGGCGAAUGGCUAAUUAUGUGCUCUUUUCUAACACUUCAUAUUUUAAUUACAUUUUUGGUAGCUGAGCCCCAGUGUCCUCGAGGAUACUUAGGUCCUGGUGGGCUGCAUGACGAAGCAAAACAUUUCAACUGCACAGGUGGUGCUGCAGGUUUUAUAGAUCGACUGCUGUUACAAGAAUCUCAUUUAUAUCAACAUCCUUCUUCUAAACCUAUAUACCAAUUCACAUUACCUCAUGACCCCGAAGGUAUUCUGGGAUUUCUCACAUCAAUAUUUCUUGUUUUCUUAGGACUACAAGCAGGAAAGAUUCUUUUAUGUUACAAAGAUUGGAAAAAUCGUGUAACUCGAUGGAUGACUUGGGGUCUCACCUUGGGAAUCUUAGCUGGUAUCUUAUGUCUUUUUUCCAAGAAUGAUGGCUAUAUUCCAGUAAAUAAAAAUUUAUGGUCAGUUUCUUUCAUUUUUGCAACUGGAAGUUUGGCUUUUAUUCUGCUUUCUAUAUGUUAUUUGAUGAUAGAUGUUCAGAACUGGUGGACAGGUGCACCAUUUUAUUAUGCAGGGAUGAAUUCAAUCCUCCUCUAUGUUGGCCACAGCCUCACUCAUACCAUGUUUCCUUGGAGGUGGCAAAUGGAGUCGAACCACACCAAUGAGCUGUUUCUGAGUCUUUGGGGAACAUCUCUUUGGGUCUUGAUCGCAAUAUGGAUGUAUAAGAUCAAAGUGUUUGUGACUGUCUGAAUUCCUCACCGCCUUGAAAUGCUUUCACGAUGACAUUUCUCUCAAAACCCUUGAUAUUUUUUGAGUCUUUAUUUAUGUUUUAUGUGCUGAAGGAAUACACAAGUUUCAUGACAUUGCUGCUUUCAAUGAAGUAUUUUUAUCACUCAUCAAUGUCUGUUCUUAUGGAGUUUUAGCAGCAAAUGGCGAAGGAAAUCUUCCAUCCUUACUUGAUUUGCAAGAGAAAUCAAUUUUCUCAUUACCAUUGUGGGAAAUAAAUGAUUUUUCCAAAAGCAACAUAAAAUCCUUUAACAGUAAAUAAGAUGUACUAAUGAUGCUCUUAUUUUCUUGAGCCAUAAUUUUUUUGCAAAAAUGAAGUAAGGUGAUUUUAGCAGCUGAAAAUUUCAUGAGUUUUACGGGAACAGAACCAAAAGUUAAUUAUGCAUUUAAAGUUGAAAUAUUUUACGAGGUUUAAAUUUGCGCAAUUAUGACAAGCUUGCAAAAAUAAAUGCUUUUGCAGUCGUAAAUUGUUUUAAGAUAAGUUUUCAAGUUAAUUAAUUAUGUAAAGAUUAGUGAUUUAUAUUAGAGUUAGGGCUUUUGUUUUCUUCAUUUUUUUUUUAAAAAAGUACUCAAAAAUUUUGAAAAUUUUGUUUUGGAAUAUGCAUUGUAUAAUUUCUUAGCCAAGCAAACUCGCCUUUCCAUAGCUAACACCUCAAAAUUCAAGGUACAAAGCAAUGACUAUGUGUUGAAGAAUAUAUUAGUAUGAAAUGAAUUGAGCAAUUGCUUAUUCUAUCGGUCUUUUUCUUUAAAAAAAUAAUAAGUUUCUCCUAGUUAGAUUUCAAAAGAAAUGCUUUUUGAAUUUAAAUGCAUUUCUAAUUUCUUUUCACCCAGUGGAAAACUGGAAUUGCUUUCAUCCUUCUUUACUGGUGAAAAUUCACAAAAUGUUACAUUUUUGCUCGAAUCAAAACUUCUGAUUCAAAAAUAUCUGUGAUAAUGAUACACAAAUAUGCUAUAUAUAAUUCCAAACAAUAUGCUUGGGACUAAAUUUCCUUACAAAAAUUGCAAAUGCUUUUUUGAGCUUACAUACUAGUUCUUGUUAGGCACAUGAAAAGAGAAUAUAAGUGCGCAGUGGCCGAUUUAAUGGUUUGAAGGAAUGUGGCAGCGUAGUUUUGUGGGUUCCUCUUGCCUUCACGUUACUUUAUAAAACAUUUUCGUGCCUCAGAGCCAGACUAACUUAAGUCAUAUAAUCACUACUUUACAGGAAGAGGGAAAAUGUUUGUCUGGCACAUGCUAAGAAUGAGAGGCUCGCUCUUUUAAUGCUGGUAAAUAAUUAUAUAGGAUUUUUUUUUAAUUACGUUUACACGGCUGGAUGCGAAAUAGGAUUUUACAUACAAUGCACUAAAAAGCUGAAAAUCACAGUGUUUCGACUUACUCUAGUCUGGCUCUGAAGUACAGAUUUAUAAGGUACAUUUUUCAAUUACCUUCGGGAUCCAUGUGAUUGUUAUGGUCCCUCGCAAUUGAGACAAUUAGCACUUGGUAAAUUCGCCCGCCACUGACUGUUGAGUUUUUCUUUUUUUUAUCCGAACUCCUGUUGUAUCUAUCGACAGAAGAAGCUUCCAUCCCUUCAUCCAAACUUGUGUCACGCAUUUUCAUUAGGAAUUUCUGCCUCAUUAAGUUGUUCUUCACGUAGUCUGUAUUAUUGCAAAAGAAAUCUUUUACAGUACAAAAUCCUUUAGUUCAAUUAUUGUUAUGAUUUUUUUUUUUUUUGUUCAUGCUUUUAUUGAACAGUUGCUAUUAAGGCAUCAUUGGACAGUUAAAUAGAACAGAUUUGAUAAUUUUACCAUGAAUUAAGUAACUCAUUUAAAAAUGCAACUUUCCUAUAAAAAAUGAUUAUGCAGUGUUUAUUCUUAAAUCUAUGUAUAAAAAGUUGUUGAAUGUUUGUCUUGUAAGAAAUGUAUAAACUUAUUUUCACUUCAAAUAUAUAUAUUAAAGGUGUAUAUGAAUGUAGCUUUAUUUAUUGUACAAAAUGUAUCAAUGCUUUCUUGUGUGUGCCAACAAAUAAAAAAAGGACUCUCAAAAUUUUAUUAAACCAUAUGAUGUUUUAUUAAAUAUGAAUAAAUUAAUCAUAUUAAUAUUGUUGAUUUUGUUUCAAUAUUUAUUCUUCCCUUGAAUUGUGUGAAGUGUUGGUGGAUAAUAUCUACCAAAUGGUGCUGUAGUUCAGGGGUAAUGCCAUUCCCUGAAAUAUUUGAGUUGUUAUUGUAAAAAUGAUGUAAAUUGUUUUCACCUUUGAAAUAAAUAAAUAAAUGUUUG